AUGGCGUGAAGUUUAUUACCAGAAGGCUGGUGAAGUGUGUUUCGUGAACAUGGCAUCGUUAGUAGGAAUAGUAUUUUUGUGCAUCGCAACCGCUGUGAGGUGUACUGACUUCUCUGGGUAUCCAUCCGUGGUACACAAGGCAAAGCCAGUCCAAAUACGGAAGUUGUUGUUGGAGCAUCAGCUUCAACUAAGCGAGCACCGUGAGGAGACUGUCCGAAACCAAGUAGACACCAACAACAGUUUGAAUACACUGCGUGACGCAAUACUCGAUCUGCAGUCCUACAUGCCGUUCCGAUCGUGCAAAGAAGUACCGAAGAAAGUCUCCGGAGUAUAUUCUAUUCGGUCGGAUUAUCAAAGCAGCCCCUUUCCGGUAUACUGCGAGCAGAUCAACUUUGGUGGAGGCUGGUUGGUUAUAAAGAACCGAAUCAACGGAUCGCUGGACUUCAAUCGCAGCUGGACCGAGUAUCGGGAUGGUUUUGGUGACAUUGAGCAAGAGUUUUGGAUCGGACUGGAACGGCUAUAUCGGCUGACAUCGAGGCAUCCCUACGAACUGAUUAUUGAACUGGCAAAGCGCGACGAUGAGCAGAAAUAUGCACACUACGCAGGAUUCAAGAUCGGCAAUGAGACUGAAAAAUACAUACUGAAAACCAUAGGACCGUACAACGGAACUGCUAAGGAUUUUCUAACACACCUGCAAUAUAUUGAAUUCUCAACGUACGACCGCGAUAAUGACAAUUCUGCCAAAAGUAAUUGCGCUGGAAGUAAUAAACUGGGCUGGUGGUUCGAUAGAUGUGGUUUACCGGAAUCGGAUAGCUCGUGCGAUUUCAGGAAAGGAUGCGAUAUCAUACGCUACUAUCGAGAAACGAUCUAUUUAAGAAUAAUGAUUAGACCAAUAUAAUAAUUGAUUCGUUCGUUUGCCCAAAUCCAAACCCCAAUUUUAAUUUGGAACCAUUCAACUUCCUGAUACGUUUGAGGUCAUUCUCGUUAAAUAUGUGUUAGAAAUUACGAAAUGUAGAACUUCCUUCAAAUAAACUACCGUUCAA